GCCUCCUCGCCUCCCCGCCUACGCUUCCCUUCCUCCCCUUCCCAUCCACACGCGGCGCACACGUAAACAAACUUCUUACUCCAGUCCGCACCUCAACACACGUGCUCUCCCUCUCUCCCUCUCUCACCCUUAAAAAAAUAAAUAAAUAAAUAAAUAAAUCUUAAAGAUCUUUAGUGUGAGAAAAGUAAUGAAUGAAACUUGAAAAUGACAUGACGGAGAGGUGAGAAUUGGGUGGUCGUGAUGCGGCAAAUUGUGAGACGUGAAAUAAUGCAAGGAAGGUUAUUACAAAUUCGAUAAGCACGGAUCCUUCUCAUUUCGUGGAAUGUGAUGCAUUUAACAUGGCAAGAAGUACUCAGCCACUGCCUCGGACGCGCUCCAUCACCACCACCAUCACUACCAUCAUCACUCUCUUCAUCGUCGCCACUCUCCCCGCCCUUUCUCAAAGCCAAGAGGUUCCGCAAGGAUGCAACCUCCACCCUCAGGAGAAACUGGUGUCGUGCAGGAGUGUGAAUACUUCCCUCCUGCAGGAUUUCUUACACCAAGUCAUCCCCGUUACCACCAUUACACCACAAGACACAAUAAUCACCACUACCGCAACACCAGAUAACUCCACCUCCACCACAAACAUCAGCACGCCACACCCACACACCACGGCAGAGAGCGAGAGUGAGGACGAGGCUAGCGAACAGAGAAGCAACAGCAGUAACACACCAAGUUGGGAGUCUUCAGAGAUAACGGAACUAGAAUGCGUGGGAUGCGGCGUUCCUAAGCUGACCCCACCACUCUUUGGCCCACUGGCGACCUUGGAGCGCCUUACCAUUGUCGACUCAGGACUAGAGGAGAUUCUACCUGAUGCUCUGGCCUCCCACGCCCUCACCCUCGUCCACCUUGACCUCUCCUACAAUCUCCUACAGUCCGUGCCAGGAGAAGUAGUUAAACUCACUCGUCUGCAAAUUCUUGAUCUGCGACAUAAUGGGAUUCACCAUGUAGCAGAGGGGACGGUGCUCUCAUCAAUGCGAACUCUUCGUUACCUCUACUUGGACCAUAAUCAGCUGGGUCAGACGCUCAGCAGCAGUCAGGAUCAAAGGUCACGCAAGUCCGUGUUUGACCUCUGGGCCGCUGCCGAGGACACGCGCCCCUUGCCUCGCCUCUCACACCUGGGUCUCUCUUUUAACGCCCUCAAAGAGGUGCCCAGCGGAGCCUUCACUGACCUGGCUAACUUGCUCCACCUUGACCUGAGUCACAACUUGUUGACCUCCCUUCGUCAGUCUGACCUCCCUUCCUCCCUUCUGAAUCUUGACCUCGGAGGUAACCCUUGGAGCUGCACCUGUGAGACAGCCUGGAUCCUGCAGCAGCAAAGCAACCCCCUCCCCUCCAUCACCAUCACUUCUCCCACCUGCUUCUCACCCCUUCACCUGCACCACCACCACCUUGACUCCCUCUCAGCUUCAGAAGUGUGCCUACCAGAGGAUGACUUGAGCAGCAGCCAAGAGGACCAGGUGGUGCACAUUGGUGAUGAUGUGCAGGGGCCACUAAGAGAUGCAUUUAGGGCUGUCCGUCUGCUGAAUGCCACAGCCCUCACCACACAUGCCCUCCUUAUCUCCUGGAGGGUUGAUGCUGCCUUCUACUCCCUCGGCACCCCUCCCCUACAGCCACUGUCCUGGGCUGUGACGGUACGGAACAUGACGCAGGAUUCCAGUGAGGCUCAAGUCACACACCUGAGGCUGGAGAGGUACAGGAAGGAGCAGCCCCACUGGACGCCUGGUGAUGGUCUGUUUGCUGAGGUGCUGGGAGGUCUCAGUGCAGAUACAGCUUAUGUUAUUUGUCUCACAGUGGUACAGGGCCACCGCCUGUAUACUCGUCAAGGCCACUGCCUACAAAGCAUCACUCUUUCCACCCUUUCUGUACCCCCACCUUCUGUCCCUUCUGCUGCCACUGCACCUGAGGCCUUGCAGUCCUAUUCUACACAAGAUUAUGACAUUCACACUGAGGCCUUCACAGUGUGGAGUGAGCCCCACUCAGCCUCCCUUUCAUGGAAUGUCACCAUCCUUCCCAGGGAGAGUGGAGCAAGGUUUCUAGUGCCACAUGAGAGCCAGCUGCUGCGCCCACUGGGAUGGAGGGUGUCCUAUCGACAGGAUGGAGAAGAAGAUAAAGAGACUAAUGUGGUGUUGGUGAGCCGUGGAGGAGAACCUCUACAAAAUUUUACAAACAGGUACUCCAUUGAGGGUCUCCAAGCUGGCUCUAAGUAUGUCUUCUGUCUCCACACUCUGACGGAUGAAGAGUUGAUGGAAGCUCUGGCAGGGAGCAACAGCAAGAGGCCACAGCAUGACAUGUCUCCCCUGCAGCCCUUGCCAUGGGAGGCACACUCACACACCCUGCCUACCACUGCACAAGUUGUAGAUUCUAGAAGAGGUGGUGGCCACCAGGAAUUUGAGACUAACACUGGUAACCUGCCUCCCCCUCUUCCCAGUCAGCCUGCAUCUCCUACCCACACAACUCUGCCUCCUCCUGAAAGCAAGCCACCCUUCAGUGCUCCAUCCAUGCCAAGCAGCCACAGCUUUCAACCACACCCUCCCUCUACCUCUUCCUCCUCCACUUUUCCUUCCACCUCUCCUGAUCUUCCCCCUGCCCCUCCUAAUUUACCUCCUGCCCCUCCAAACCUUCCUCCCUCUCCUCCAAGCCUUCCUCCCUCUCCUCCUAAUCUUUCUUCCUCUCCCCCUAACUUCCCUCCUGGUCCUCCUAGCCUCCCUCCUGGCCCUCCUAGCCUCCCUCCUGGCCCUCCUAGCUUCCCUCCCAUCUCCAAUACCCGCCCCCCUCGUCCCUCUCAGCCUCCAUCCAGUGGAGGGUUUGUGUAUACCAGCUCUGGCAAGAGGAUCCCUCUACCCUCAGGCCCCUCAGGGCUGGUGCCACCCUUUGGUGUGCCACCACCCAUUCCUGUGCGUGACCCUGGGCCACGCCGAGGAGUGCCGUCACCCCCUGCCUCCUCACGACCCUCACGCCAGAGGUUCAUCUAUGAAUUUGAGGAAACCUCACCAGCACCACCAUCACCAUCACCCUCCUCCAGCCCACGGACACAGAUCUACACCUACCAGACACGGCGCCGGCGGGCAGUGGAGGGACGCAGGGUAUCAUCUUUCAAGACAACACCACUGUGCCGCCAGGUGGUGACACCUGCUGAACUGGAUGUAGUCCUCCCUGCCACCAUUGCUGCCACCAUCUCCUGUGCCACCACAGUGGUGGUGGUGCUGCUAGUGUGCUGCUGCUGCUGGCCACGCCGCUGCUGCCGCCGGAAAAGUGCCUGGCGGUCCCGGUCUACUCAUGACCUGCGGAAGGUGAGCACCAUCUCCGCCCCAUCCCCUGUGACAGUGUUUUCGGGCCACACCUCAGUGAUGGCGGGGACGGGAACAGCUCGGAACAAUGGCAGUGCAGCGACCUCCAGGGAGGAGCUGCCAGCAGAUUCAGAUCGGGCAGCACGCUCCAUUUCCAUGACCUCCUCCUCAGGCUACCUCACUCCCCUCAGCAUUCCAAAUGGACAUGAUCCGCAGAGCCAGAAUCCAGACCCCAAGGUAGCCUACCUCUCCCUCAUGCAGAGCCGCCUUCUACAGAAACACAAGGACAUGCCAGACUUUCACCCCGGGUACGACAUCCCGCCCACAGCCUCCAACAAGACACUCGUUGGCUAUGAUUACCCCCACCCAACUCCUGUUGAUCCCACGAAUGGCGGCGGCAGAAAAUCAAGAACCCUGAGCACGUCCCCACCACCACAGCUGCCGUCUCCCUCCAGCAGUGACUCAAACUUUAAUGUCUCCAUUGGGAACACCCCAGAGCCCAACAGGAAUCCAGCAGAGGUGAACCUGAACAUUCCCUUCCAGCAGCUCAAGAGCUCCGGGCUCACCAAGAGUGUCCAUGUCCCUCCCAGAGACAGUGACAAUUCUAACUACAUCUACACUGGGGAAGAGACGCCCACCUCCACACCAGUCAGAACCUACCUCAAGCACCCGCCACCCUCCAAGGCUCGCCACCGCAAAUUUGGCCAGGCACAGCAAGGCGGCCAGGAGCAAGGCAGUAUGCUCCAGUCUCUGAGCCGCUCCACGCCUGACCUGGCCACAGCCACGGCUGGUACUACACAGACAGGGUCAGAGUCUCCUCCUGGUCAGCCAGUUUCACUCCCUCAUGCAACCACUGCUGUAGAGACCUCAGGCUAUAUCAAUUUUCCAGCAGUUCAGAGAGACACAGAUGUAAGCAACCAGCAGAAGCAGCCAGCAAAUGGCAACAGCAGCAGCAGUAAGGAGCGGGAACCAUUCCACACCUGGGCAGGACACAGCACCAAGGCACGGCCUGGUGUGGGUGAAGUGGUGCUCUCCGGUGGAACACUCAUUGAAGUUCCCGAAGGCUAUGUAGUGCCCAAUGCACCCAAGCCAACACCCUUCAUCAGGCUGCUGGUCCGUGGCCAGGAUGAAUCCAAAGACAAUACAUUACAAGCGACAUCGUUGCCUCCAUCUGUACAUGAAGAGAAUGGAGAUGAGGGAGCCGGUGUGACACGUCUUGCCCCCAAGACAGAUAACAACAGACUGGUCAUCAACACAGCAGUGGCCCUGUAACAUCACAAACAGCAGUGAAAUGUGAAAGGAAAUAUCCCUUUACUUCUCUAGUGAGGGACAAAACAUGUGCCAUGAGACACUGACAACCUGCUGUCCAAAUUGUGACAUGCAAACUUGCAAAAACUGAACAAUUACAAAUACAUUGCAACAGUUCUAAAAUUACACUGCCAGUAGGCAUUGGAAAGUUACCAGAAGCAGCCGUCUUGCACUCUCCUCCGCUGCUGCCUCACACCACAACAUGGAGGCCUCAGGGAUUACACAGAGGCUUCCCACAAUCACAAUAAACACAAAAGUGCAAUACUAUACAAGAUUUGUAAGCUCUUAUCUUGCAUUAUAAAUAAAUUGUACAUAAGAUGUC